AUGGCCAAGACAGUCGUGAUCCUGGGGGGAUCUUAUGGUGGUCUCCAUAUUGCCCACUACCUCCUCAAGCAGAAGAUUCCUGACCUCAAAGUCAUACUUGUGUCAAAGAGCUCGCAUUUCUACUGGAACAUGGCCUCCGUCCGCGCCAUCGUCCCCGGCCAGAUCACAGACGAACAGCUCUUCCAGCCGCUCACAGCCGCCCUCGAGCGUUACCCCAAGGAGAGCUACGAGGUCAUCAUCGGCGCGGCCGGCAAGGUCGACGCGGCGUCCAAGACCGUGCUGGUCUCUCUCCCGGGCUCCUCGCGCUCCCUGAGCUACGACCAGCUCGUGGUCGCCACCGGCUCGCGCUCCACCACGUCCACCGUGCCCUGGAAGAUCCUCGACAGCUACGACGAGACCGUGUCGAACCUGGACGCCACCCGGGAGCGCGUCAAGGAGGCCAAGCACAUCGUCGUCGCCGGUGCCGGCGCCACGGGCAUCGAGGUCGCCGGCGAGCUCGGGUGCGAGUACGGCAAGGACAAGGAGGUCCUCCUGCUCUCCGGCGGGCCCUCGCUCCUGGACGGCGACUCGGUUGGGCCUGCCGCCCUGGCAGAGCUCAAGAAGCUGCACGUAAACGUCCGCUUCGACGCCCGCGUCACGGGGAGCAAGGAGCUGCCCGACGGCAAGACCGAGGUCGCCCUGCAGGGUGGCGAGACCAUCACCACGGACCUGUACCUGCCCACCAUGGGUAUGCGCGCCAACAGCGAGAUGAUGGACCAGUCCUACCUGACGGACAAGGGCUACGUGAGCGUGGACGACUUCUACCGGGUCAAGGGCCUGGAGAAGGAGGGUGUCUGGGCGCUGGGUGACGUGGUCAGCGUGCCGAGGGGUGGCUUCCUGUUCACGCAGAAGCAGGCUGCGGGCGUAGGAAAGAAUGUGGAGCUUGCCCUCCAGGGCAAGGAGCCGCAGCCAGUGAAGCUGAUGCCGGUAGAAAUCAUGGCGUGCGCUGUGGGGAGGAACAGGGGCGCAGGCAGGAUGGGACCAGUGAAGAUGUUUUCCAUCAUGGUGUGGUUGGCGAAGGGGAAGACAUUGGGUAUACAGCGGAUGCCGGGUUAUAUCAACGGCAGUGUCGCUUAG